GAUACGGAGAAUCUGGUCAAAAACGGGGUUGAUGUCGAAAUAUUUGGAAGGAUAUAAGUGCAGAUUUGUUUUAUUGAUUCAAUCAAAUAAUUCUGUAUACACGCCUGUUUUUAAAAUGUUCUUUGAAGACGCGUUUUAUAAAUUAAAUGUGUGGAUAUGACAAUUAAGACCCCACAUUAAGGAAGCAUUAAAUGUUUCUGCUUUUGGAAGCACUUUUCGCCAACUCUGCAAACACACGCACGCACAUUUUAGAAAACGCCAAAGCCCGCACACACGCUUCAAGGGAAAAAAUAAAUGGCUAGAGAAAAUUUUUCAAUUUUGAAUGGUAGAAAUCAGACUUUAUCUUACAUGUCCCUCCCUUUGUGCAUAAUUUUCCAAAAUUUCAUGAGAUCAGCAAACAUUUGAGAUUAAGUCUGCAAGAUUUCCUAUCAAUGUCGACGUCUGUACUAACAAGGCAGACGACAAGAAGCGAGAGUGAAAACGCCAGCUAAAUCCCACCGCCGUCGCCGGGCUAUUAUCGCCGCCUCAAACUCCAAAAUCUACAUAUCCUCACACGCUUGAAAUCAGCCUUGAUUAUAACCAAUCUCUAGAACAAGACAACCGCAUUGACUUUGUGAUAAUUAACAGAUAAUAAUGAUGAUUUAAUUGGUUUCGUCGUUGAUACACUAUUGAAUGCGUAAUCUCAACACAGAAAGAUGUCUCCAUUUUGUGGUGCGAGCUUAUCGCUCGUUACAUAGGUUGGUAAAUAAGGUCGGAGAAAUGGCGAUAGAGGAAUCGUUCCCGUUGAACGUAGAAGAGGCAAGCGGCAGAUCGGGAAAAGGAAUGUAGUUUUUGUCAUGUCCCGGAACACUGCGCUGCUGAUCAUAGACGUACAAAAUCGCUUUAAGAAAACAUGUGAAGAAAAUUGUAUUGUGGAAAAAAUCGUCCAUCUUGUGAAAAUAUUUCGUCACAAGAACCUGCCGACUGUUGCCACGCAGCACCAUGACGACCCUCGUAUGACGUCACUGCUAUCGAGAUGGUGGGGUAAUCCUUUAAAUCAAGGGAGCGAAGACUGGCAAAUUGUACCUGCUCUUCGGAAAGUGCUGGACAUCGAAGACGACCUCAUAAUCACAGACAAGACCCGCUACGACGCUUUCUGGGGAACAUCUCUGCGGACAGAACUUCUUAAGAUGGGCAUCGACACAGUGGUCAUAUGCGGAGCGUUGACCAAUCUCUCCUGUGAAAGCACUGCCCGUGGGGCUUUUAUGAACGACUUUAGCGUUAUAUUUCUUAGCGACGCCAACGCCUUCACCGAGGAGCGUUUUCACGAGGCCACUUUGACGAAUUUGGAGCACGGGUUUGCCACAAUUAUGACGUGCGAGGAGUUGCUGAGAAAAUAUGAAAAUGUGUCAAGAUGAGGGAAUUCAGAAAAAAAUUUAAUUUAUCACAGUAAGAGUGACAAACAAGUUAUUACAUAAAUAUUUUCAAACCAGCUAAAGUAAGGAAUUAUUCCAGUUAUGACUAACAGAUUUCAUUAAGAAAUGAACUUGUUGAGGCACUUGGUGAAUUACGAAAUCACAUUAAAUACGAUGAAAUGUUUUCUUUUUUAUUUAUUGAAAUUAAGCAAUUAAAAUUGCGCUAGUUAAAGAGAGAUUCUUGUAUAAAUGAAUUUUUGAUAUUGAGUCGCAAUAUAUAAUCAUAUUGAUUUUUUUUCACCAAAAACAAACAAAAAUACCUUUAUUUUGUUCUGGUAAUGUUAUGUCCAUGAGUAUAAAAUAUUCGUGGAAAAUGUGCAGAUAUUAUAUUUUUGGAAAUAAAAAGGCACAAGUACUCUCAA